AUGGCGCUGCCGGAGCUAGGGGGUAAAUAUUCAAGCAACAUGCUAAUACUCGUUCCCGCAACUGAUAGCAAUUUAAUGCCUAUGCUAGACUUUCGAUAUUGGACUUGCGUUAUGAAACGAGAAUGGACGUGCCCGGAUAGUGAAAUCAAUUUUUAUUUAUUCACACCGGAACGACCAUACAUGCAAUGGAUUGAUGUCCGACAAAAAAAUAAGCUGCCAGCCUAUGGAUGGAAGCUGUCAAGGAAAAACGUGCUCAUCAUCCACGGCUUCAACGGAACACAUUCCAAAACGCCCAUGACGUUUCUUCGAGAUGCAUAUUUAUCUCGCAAAGACUACAACGUGUUUAUGGUGGACUGGUCUGAUCUCACAAGAUUUCCUUGUUACUUGUCUGCGCUCUCUAAUACGAAGUUAGCUGCCCAAUGCACUGCUCAACUAUACUCCUAUUUAACGCAAGCUGGAGCCUUAGCUAAGAAGAUUACGUGCGUUGGUCACUCAUUGGGUGCGCAUGUUUGUGGAAUGAUCUCGAAUCAUCUAACGGAGAAGCAGUACAAAAUUAUAGGUUUAGACCCAGCGCGUCCUCUAGUGUCUAAUUAUGGAUCGAGAUUGUUCCGCCUCAGUAGAGACGACGCGUAUGUAGUACAGGUAAUACAUACAAAUGCGGGUUUUCUUGGAGAAAGCGGUCAAGUGGGGCACGCUGACUUCUGUGUCAACGGCGGGAGACUACAGCCCGGCUGCAGAGGCCACUUUAUGAGAAUUGCGCGAUGUAGCCAUUUUAUGAGCUCCUGUUAUUUUGCUGCGAGCGUGCGUCGCCGUAUACGCAUGGUGGGUGUGCCAUGCGACUCGACAUGUCCAAAACAAGAACAAUGGGGUUUACGCACAGAUCGCAAAAUAGUGAGGAUUGGAGACGAUAUACCCGAAACAUCGCAUGGAAUGUACUGUGUACAGCUGGACCAUGAUGAGUCUUGUCCAUUUGAUUGAUGUUGGUGUAUAGGACGCAAUUUCCUAACAUUUAUUUUAAUUUACAUGAUAUAAAUGUAAUG